GUGGCCUACAUAGUUGCAUAUCGCAUGUAUCUUCGAUUCCAUGAUUCGCGUCAGUUUCGGGUAGUUGGAUUGUUACGGUAUGGCUGAUGUGGGUCUAAGUUUAGAUGACAUAAUUAAAAAAUCAAAAUCAUCAGGAAUGAGAAGCAGAGGUGGAAGUAUCCGAAGAGGUAUUAAUAGGGGUGCACGUGCUAAUGGUUCACUAAGAGGACGAGGUUCACAAGUUAUUACAGAUGCACGAUUUAAAAUUAUACAAAAGAAUCGGGAGAAACUUACAGAUGCAAGAGAUAAACUUGCAGAAAUUGCCAAACAAAGUGAUGCCAGAUUAAAAUUGGAUAAAAUUCGUGCAUCACAGUUUAAGAAAAUAAAAGCACAGAUACCUGGGAUAUCUCAAAAAACAGGUCGUAAUGGAAGACUGUCUUUAUCAACUAAUAAAGUGCCUCCAAUUAUGCCACACACCGUAGCACCAAAUAUUCCAAAUAAUUAUAUGCCACCAUCCACUAGGGCAGUGGGUUAUAGGUCACAUCCAAUUGCAGAAACUCAUUACAUGGGUGAUAUGAACAUGGAUUUUAUUGAUGGUACAAAGAAAAUUGAUUAUAUGAUGGAGUCAGCACCUUUAAGAAGAACAGUAAGUAAUGAAUAUGCUCCUACACCACCCCCGCCUCCUCCAGCUUUCAGUAUUAAACCUACAUCUUCAUACACAUGGGUAAAACCAACAAGCAGUAAUGUAAUAAGAAUUGUACCUUCUCGUAAACCUGACGAUGAUCGAGAACGUGAAAGAGCAAGAGAUUAUAAAGUUAUUGCACGUUUUCCAAUGGCAAAACCUGCUUCUCCCUCAUAUAAGGAAGAUUGGAGUUUUGGUACAAAGUCAAGGACUAUAUUAGCAGAAGAUGCAACAGAUUCAAAGUAUUAUGAUUCAAGAAGUCAUAGAGAUAUUGGAGUAAAAUCAAGACUAGAUUCAGUUCCGAGUAAAUCGCGAAAUAUAGGUGUUUUACCUCGAUCCAAGACAAGCUCCACUUCGUCGUCACAAUCAACUGGUUAUCGGAUUGUAGUAUCAAAUUUACAAGCAAAUGUCACUCAAGAAGAUAUCAAGGAAUUAUUUGAGGAUGUAGGAGAAUUAUUAGUAUCUAGAUUAGUACGACCAGGUACAGCAGAAGUAAUUUAUAAAACAUUAAAGGAUGCUACUAAAGCUGUUGAAACUUAUCAUAAUAGACAGUUAGAUGGACACCCUAUGAAGUGUCUCCUUGUAAAUCCACGACCAAAAAAUAAUCCAACUGGACCAGCCGUUAGGUCUCUUACAGAAUCCAGAAGAAGUGUUAGUUCAAGUUAUGUACAACCAAGUUUAGGAGCAGUACACCGUGCAUUGUUCGAUGAUUCUUAAUCAAAUAUAUUUCAAUUUUAAUCAUAAAAUGCCAUAUAUAAUGGCAAAAGUUUUUAUUCUAAAUAUUUUUAAAACAGAAGGAAAUAGAAAAGGAAUCAAGAGAUUAAAAGAUGUACACUAAAAGCAUGCAUCUGGAGAAUGGAAUUCUGACUGGAAAUUGUAUUUAUAAAAUGUCAUGUAUCUUAUUUUUAAUCUAUAUUACAAUUGAACGAAAUUAGCUCAAUAGCAAGUGAAUUAAAUGUUGUUAUAACAGACAGACGCAAGAAUGCUUAUUGUACAUUUAAUAUAGUCAAAUAAAACAACAAGCAUUUAGGAAUUUUUAAUA